AUGUCGACAAGUAAGCUGCGUAAAGCAGUCUCACUUUGGUUUAUACUGUUUUACGCUUUGGUGGGCGUUCCACUAUGGUACAAGUUGACAGCGAUCUACAGAGCACCUUUGCCGGUCAAGUAUAUCGAGGCCGUGCACGAAAAUUUGCAUUCGGAUGUGCACGUAACUGUGCCCGUCUACGUGCGUUCUGACACUUACACUUUCCCCGACGUUCACGACGCUGUCCAGGUGCAGGUCAACGAGCUUCUACGGUCGAAACAAGGCCCAGUGACUUGGUCGCUCCAGGUUUUGCCAUUCGACAACACAACAGUCGAUCCUGAGCUUGACCAUGUUGUCACGCUGGUGCUUGACGACGAUAUCGGGUUCACGAUCCUUUACGAUUCGAAAGAAACCAUUGUGUUCUUCAACGACGAAACUGUGGCGUCCAACGACGUGCCGUUUUUCGUCGCGCAAACGCUUGUCGAACACACGUUUGAGCUAGAAUGGCGCAAAUUUUCGAGUUCUACGGGUGCCAACGACCAAAACAGCAUGGCUAUCGAGUAUAGCCCCAAUGUGCACCUUUCGCUCUCGCUUUUGACCGGCGACGGCCGUCCCGUGGCUUGGGACAUAGAACCCGUAUUGCAGCAGUACUUCACGCCUUUGCGAGAAUUUUUGGCCCCGCUCGUCAAUUUUACCGUUGACACCGAUAUCGUCCAGGUCAACGAUCUUAAGUUAGCGUCGCUGCGCGGCGCAACAUCGCCCAGCUGGCACGAUUUGUCGCAUGCAAUUGACCUCUCGGAGCUUUCAACGACAAACUACUACAAGGAACGAUCCGUGCUGCAUCUGGCUAUCGUGUUUCCAAGCGCAGCCGCGGGUGAGCUGGAUUUCAUCAACGCCACGACGAUCCAUCCUUGGCAAAGCUUUCUUGUUCCUCAGUGGGGUGUUCUUAUGCUAAACCGAAAACCACUGGACGACAACACCCGCAUUACAGAAUCGUACCUGAAACCCGUGAUUUACAGCUUUUCCAGAGAGUUACUUCAGCUCCUCGGGUUGACAUCCGGGAACGAAGAUCUUUCUACGCCCUAUGUGACCAUGGAGUCUUUCCAGAGGAUGACGAUUUUGAAAAACCUCGAAAAGAGUAUCGACACCCUCUGGUCGCUUGUCAAGCUCACGCAACAGUUUCCUCAGAUGGCUGUUCCACGCGAAGUUUUAGACGAUGUCACCGCCGCGUUGGAUUUGAGAUUGAAAAUUGUGCAUUUACUCAACGACCCCUGCAAAGGAGGCAGAUCUACAUGGAACGAAGCAUUACAUCUGAGCAACGAGCUCUUGGCACUCUGCGAAAAGGCGUUCUUCCAUAAAGAAAUGGUCCAACAGAACUUCUUCCCGCAGGAACACAAGAUUGCCGUCUAUCUUCCGCUACUCGGUCCCCUGACGGUCAUAAUGCUCACGGGCUUCAUAAAUGCGUUCAGGAAGAAGGGCCUAGACCUCGAUAAAAAAGAGAGAUAA